AUUUCACAUGCUUCUGUGUGAUAUUUGAUCACAUAAUAUUUAUUUUGUGCAUCCGGUAUGAAUGGAUGCGCGCGUAAACGUCUGUCCCUCAACACUGUACCCGCUCUCUCGCGCCCGGUGACGCCAAUUUGAUUCACACCUCCACCCUUGAGUCCCGAUGCCGAACCGCGAGGCCGUGGGAGACGCCCAAAACCCCAAGCGUCUUACCGGCAAAAAGACGGCGAAGAAGCAGCAGCGGCCGUCUCCAAAUCUUUUCCCCGUUCGAAGCAACCCCGCCCGGGACCACUUCCCCGGUCCAUAGACGAUACAUUCGUGCGAGAACAGAUCCAGAGAAGAAGAAAGACACAAGCAGGAGGAGUCGAUCCAUCCGACAGUGACCGUUCUUGUACCGUGGGUUUGGUUUGGAAAUCUUCUCUUGUUGGCUCGAACCCCCGACCGGUAGACCAGCGAAGCAACUCUACGAAUCGAAACAAGGCAUCGGAAACGACGCAAAUUAGAAAUCAAGGUAGCAAGCAAUCGGGCAAGCGAGAGAGGCAGCCUGGCACGAGCAUGGUGCCUUCCGCGAAGACAACAAUCCUGCAGCUCCGUCCCGGUCACAAUCCCGGCACCGAUUUCGAGCGAAAGAAAAAGAACAAAAUCAAAGAGAACGAAAAGGAGACAGAGACCGACAACAGACGUAGCGUCGUUUUCAAACCCCGCUUGGCGUGGGUCUUUUUGGCCGUCUUCCUGGUGCUUUCGAACCUGUACCAAAACCCACCGGAUCCGCAGCGACGCGGAGGAACAAGAGCAAUAGCAAUAGCGAAGGCAAAGGCAAAGACAAAGACAACGCCAAGCAGAAAACCCAAGCGACUCGCGUACUACCAGGCCUGGGAUCCGGUAAAGGGCGUCCUGAACGCAUCCCUGCUAAGGGAUACCGACGGAAGCGGAACCAAGGCCCCUCAACACCAAACCGAGACGCCCCUCGGCACUCGGCUGAGGAAGAAGACCAGCUUCGAAUUGCUCCAGGAAGUCUUGCAUGAUCACGAACGAGAAAUCGAUCACAAUCUCGACUACAAACUUGAUACCAACCACAACGAUAAUGGCAGCAACAACAGCAAAGCUGCGCCGAAACUCUCCUGUUUUGCACCGGAUCUCGAGCGGACGCAUCGUGCCGUGACAAGAGCCCGGCAGGAAUGGAAGAAGCGAGAACAAAUCCAGCGGUCGAAACCCGGCGACGCGGUCCUCGGCCUGCCCCUGCUCAAUGUGGGAAUGCCCAAGUCGGGAUCGUCGACCCUCCUCCGGUUUGUCCGGCACGAUCUCAAGUGGAAGGCCACCCACAACGUCGUCGAGAGGGCUGCAAGCGAACGCGACGGGGACCAGAGGCUAUCACCUACACGAACACUAACACCAAUACCAACAUCACCACCAACACCACCACCACGACGCUCGUACGUUGGAAAACUCAUGAAACAGGCCAUCGACGUGGGCCACCCGUCUCCCUUUUCCCUCCUCUCGCAGGGUUAUCGGGCCCACACCCAAAUGGACUACACGGUGGUCUCCUCCUCCGGUCAAGAGGACGACGAAACGAACUUCUUUCCCCAGAUUUCCUUACUGGACGAGAUCCAUGCCUCCGAACCGAACGCCACCUUUGUGUUGUUGUUCCGUCCCAUCGACGACUGGAUCCGGAGCGUCCGAUCGUGGCACCGGUUGCCCUUUCGGUGGAUGGAAGCGAGCAAACCAUACUACGGAGCGGCCACGCAGAUCCCGGGAUUAGUCCUUACGGAGGACCAGAGGACGCGGCGGACCGAGCGCCCGGAAGAACCCCUGGCGGCCACCGAAUCCCAGCUGCGGGACUGGUGGUGCCACCACGUCCGCCACAUCCGGCGGUUUGUCGACGAGUACCCGUCCCACACCCUCGUCGAACUAGAUUUGUACGACAACCACAACCGCGACAAACACGAAGCCGGCGACGACUCGUCUCUUUCCACCACCGAGACUCUCAGGGAACUCUUCUUCCCUCCCGGUGAGAGAAACCGAACCAUCACAUGGGGAAUGGCCAACGCAAACCCGGCGGCGGCCUUUUCUAUCGGCUCCCGCCCCGGUGGCCCGAUUGCUAGAAAAACAAAGUACUACGAACAGUGGAACCACGAGACGCAGCGACUGGAAUUGGAACGGGAACUGGAGGCUUCGACCAGAACUAAGGGGCACCAAAACAGCAGCAAUAGCAGUGCCACCAAUUCUACUUUACCCAAAACGAGCCUGGAAAUCUUGGAAACGGUCCUUAGGGAGCGCGAGGAAUCCAAGGAAGAGGGGAGGGACUGGGACGAAGAAUGUUUUUUACCCCGGCCCUUUUCUGUCGAGAAGGACGUUUCUCAUGGAUCAAUGAUGAAUUCCAAUUCGGCAGCACUCAGCAACCCUACAAACAACAACAGUGACGACGAAGUGACGAAGGGUUCCAAAGCCGCAGGGACGGUGCUGCUCCCGCGGGUGCCCUACCCGAUUCUAAACGUUGGAUUGCCCAUGGACCCCUGGAGCGAUGCCCUCCGGGAUUUCUUUUCAUGCCUGGGCCUAAAGGUGGUCCACCGAAAGGCCCUCGGUUCGAAUGGGACCCGGCGGAUCGGGUCGGUGGGAAAGAAAAUGCGCGAGGCUGUCCGAGACGCCCACGUCGGACCUAUCUCGGGAUUUUUCGGGACCAACCGGCAGGUCUUUUCUGCUCUGGAUUACACGCCGUCCCUCGACUCGGCAAGUGCGGCUUCCUCCUCCUCAUCGUCUUCCUCGUCGGCAGCGAUAUUUCCCCAAAUCCAGCUCCUGGACGAGCUUCACGAGGAAGACCCGUCCUUUACCUUUUUGUUGCCCGUGCCCCCCAUCGACGAGUGGGUCAAAUGGGCCCAGACCUUUCACAAUUUCUCCGAGCGAUGGGCCCGCAUGGAAAUGCCUGGGCUCGUCCUCACCGACGAGCAACGUUCCGCGAGGCAUCGCCCCUGCCCUCUGGUUGAGAAAUCCACGGACGGCGAGCAGCAGCAGCAGAACAACAACAGUAACAACGGCAACCACACUGCCACACUCAAAGAGGACACAGGUAACCACCGGGACACCGAGGAGCAGCCCGAAGAAACAAGGCGAUGCCUCCGCCUAACCGACCAGCAGCUGAGGGAUUGGUGGUGUGGACACGUCCGGCACGUCCGAAGCUUUGCGGAGGCCCACGGCGAUUCCCACGCGCUGCUAGAACUCGACUUGUCGCCUGCAAGCCGGGGACCGACGUCCUCCGCCCUGAACAAAGUCUUCGGGGCGAACCAGACCUGCAUUGCCAAGCUCUUUCCGAAACGGACGCCCGCGGCGGGAGAAUCCUAGCCGUCCAGGAAGCAACCCACCCACAAGACCCUUUGGAUCUAUGGUACACUUUGCAAGAAGCUACAAUGAACGAAUUCUAGGUGAAUGAGUGCGUGCUUUAGUUGGUGGUGUCGAGCCAUCGUCGGGCGCGUUGAUGUUUUCUAGCUCAGUAGGUGCUGGCUCAUUCCCAAGAGUAUACGAUUAUCUUAUUCAGCUUCGAAUAGGUUUGCCACUAGCAAUUGGCAGCUACAGUACGAUAGUGACUUUAUGAGAACCAUCCAAAACGGUCCAAAUGGUUUGCUGCUAGCAGCGUCAGCACAAUGUCAACAGCGAACGCUUGGAGCGAUACCACAUUACGGGCGAUACCGAAGGAUUCAAGUUCUAGAUUUAUUUGUCUGGCAUCGCAAUAAGCUGCAUAUUGUAAAUCACCGUGGGGCCUCUCUGAUGCGACGUGUCACGAUGCUAUAAUUUGUUAACGGAGUUAACGAGCAUCAUACCCUUCAACGGCUUCCCCGGCGGAUGGAUCGAUCCGCACGGUACCAAACUUUCAUUCCAAUGGGCCCGAUUUCCUAGUCAGUUGUUUGUGGGAACAUUCAAAACCUCCUGUGCCAUUCGACAUCUUCUCGCGCCCGAGAAAUUGUUGCGGUUGGCACUCCUACCGUAGGUAAACGAAAAUGAAAGUGGUCGAUGGUAUCUAAACGGAACUGGUAUGGUACUCGUACCGUAGGGCACAAAAAAAAUCCACAAAACGCCUUGUGCAUCCGAUGCAUGGCUUCACAAAAGAUGUACCGGUACAAGUACGUACGUAACUCCAAUACUCGCGUACGACAGGAGCAAAGUUAUCCUUUCACGCCGAGUUUACGUCCUCGUCCUCAAGUAUCCUUCGAACUGAGAACUGUGUGUCACAAUUGCCUAAUACUAUAACUUCUACACAAUCUUCCGAAAUGGCCAAAAACAAAAAUACUAUGCCCUU